AUUAAAUUAAAAGCAUGUAACACUCAAUAAUCACAUCUCCCAUCUAACUUCCCGACAUUUUCCCCAGCUAGUAAUGGCGGAAGAGAAAGAAUCAACGUCGAUUCCACUGAGCCAAGCCGAAAAUGUUGGUGUCGAUCCCGAAGAUCCGGCUAAGUCUCCUCCUAGGCCUAGCUCCCCCAAUUCCUCCACCCGCAAGGCUUGUUGUUUUGUUCUCCAAAGUUGGGUCUCAAAGAAGUUCAUGACUGGAUGUGUGGUCCUUUUUCCUGUGGCAGUUACAUUUUUCAUUACUUGGUGGUUUAUUCAGUUUGUUGACGGUUUCUUCAGUCCAUUAUAUGAACGACUUGGCAUUGACAUAUUUGGGCUGGGAUUUAUCACAUCUCUGCUCUUUGUCUUCUUUGUUGGUGUUUUUGUUUCAUCAUGGAUGGGAGCUGCUGUUUUCUCAGUGGGAGAAUGGGUUAUAAAGCGAAUGCCGUUUGUUAGGCAUUUAUACUCAGCCUCAAAACAAAUUAGUGCUGCGAUAUCCCCAGAUCAAAAUACUACAGCAUUUAAGGAGGUGGCUAUCAUUCGCCAUCCACGUGUUGGUGAAUAUGCAUUUGGAUUUAUCACAUCUUCUGUCGUCCUUCAGAGAGAAAAUGAAGAUGAAGAGCUAUGCAGUGUUUUUGUCCCGACAAACCAUCUAUACAUUGGUGAUAUCUUCCUGGUGAACUCCAAAGAGAUCAUAAGGCCAAACCUUUCUAUUCGAGAAGGCAUAGAGAUAAUCGUUUCCGGAGGUAUGACGAUGCCAGAAGUGAUCUCUCCGCAAGAAAGGUUUGCACGGCAGAAGGAAAGAAUCCCUUUGAACAGGAUGAUGUAAAAAGUACUUAGAGAAGACAGAAUGUCAGAUAAGCUCGAUAAUUACUUUCACUUGUUGGAGCGUGAUAAUAUUCUUUGGUGACAGCAAAAUCUUAGUAUAGGGAUGGGUGCUUAUACCCGCACUCUCUGGUAAUUUCAUAAAGUCGUAGCGUUGAGUCUCACAAACUGCUUCUUAGUGUAUUUGGCUAAUGCAUUAGUGUUCUAUACAGAUCAUUUGUCAAAAGGCAGCACUCGUAACAAAGAAUUGAUAUUUUGAAUAUCAUAUGUUACUUGUCGCGUGUGAGUGUUGCAUAUAGGCAUGUUCAAUUGUCGAUUUCAUUUCCAUGUAUUUAGAGGAUACUAUGAGGAAUUAUCUUUUGUAUGUGUCGGACCUGAAAGAUAUGGAUAUUUAUUUCUUCGGGAAGGUAUCCACUUAAAUCGGUGUAAAAUUAUUAUUUUUUGUAUAUUUUUGUAUGAUUAAUAUUUUAAUAAAUCAAUAAUUGAAAUUAUCAAUA